GCCGGCUUCAAUAUCUUCACUAGCCACGACGGCUACGACCGCCUGGUCUCGACUUGUCUCACAAACGUUUCUCUAGUGCUUGCUUGUAGACCGUUAGUUAUAUCAUGGCGUCCGGCGACGUGCCUUCACUCCAGCUCAACGGAACCGUUGAACCUACGACCAUGGCCCUGCCCCCAGCAGACAACACGCCCUCUGUCCCCGAUUUUGGAGAGCCGGAGCCGGAGCCGUCGCGGCCUGGCGCACCCGCGCGGAAUGACACGACCUACUCCAAGCUCUCCAUGAUGUCGGUGCCGCCAGAGGGAUCUAUCCUGACGGGCAAGCAAGAGCACUACCUCAAGCGCGAACUCAUAUCACAGCAGACCCAAUUCGAAAUCUCCGAGCUUUCCUCUCCCACCGCCCUCCAGCGCUUCGGCGCGCCCUUCCGAUCGGAUGCGGGGGAAGUUGCGCCAGAGGACUCCGAGCUGCCCGUUCUUCGCUACAUUUUCGUACACCAUGUUCGCAACUUCCCUUUCCUGGACAAGGCUAAGGAGAAGGAGUUCUGGCAAGACAAACUGCAAAUAUUCCUCGAAUCAUUUGCAAACAAGAAUAUAUCCUCAUCCGAGGAUCGGUUGGAAGAGACUAAGCGCAGAAAGCUCGCUUUGAAGGCAGAGAAGCUGGUGGAGCUUAUGAUGGUCUCCGGCAUACCUACCGCGUCUGGCUACGAGGAGAGGAUACGCUUUUCAGAGAUGGAAAUCGUCGACCGAGGCGCGAAUGAGAACGGCCUGAAGCUGAAUGCGCCUGACGGACACUUUAUAAAUGGUUGGGAUAUUAACGUUGCCGGCGUGCGGACGACAUCUGUCAAGAAGCACGUCCGGUACCACACCCAUGCUGAGUACAUUAUCAGAGUGAAACAAUCCGGCUCCCACGAUUUCUAUAUCGGCCGACGGUUUGCGGACUUUGUAAAAUUACACAAAAGAAUACGAUUAGAGCUUCCUGGAAAAGUGCUCCCUCCACUACCCCGGAAAAACAAAAAAGACUCUGUUCUUACAUCAGCCGAUGAUGAUGCCAGCUCAGUAUCCUCCAUAUCCACACAAGGACCAGAACCAGAGCCGUAUGAUAAUAAUGGUGGUGGCGCCGGCGGCGGCCUUCGAGGCUGGUUGUACGGAAAUCACAAACGAAACAGUUCAAAUACCUCAUUAGGGACGCCUAAAACCCACUCACCAAGAGCUUCCGGCGAAAAUCUGGCUUUUCACCCACCACGCGUGCUUUAUCGGGAAGAGCAGCGUGUCUCUCUUCGCGCCUUCCUCAGAAAUUUCCUGUCUAACGAGGUUAUUGCACAGUCCAGCGCAAUGGCCGAAUUUCUCACCCGUGAUCCCGUUGAAAUAAACGAGGAGGAGAUGGAGGACAUUGAGAAGCGGAAGAUAAUGGAUGAGAAACGUAUCGAAGAGCAGAGGCAGUUCUACGAGGUCGCGCGGCAGCGAGCAGCUGAGCUCGACAUCCACAUGGAGAAGUUCCGCCGCGAGAUCGUGGAGAGCAAUGGUCUUUCGCACCUUUUCCAGGAGAUCAAGGUCAAGAACAAGAUUGCGGACCUCAAACCGGAGUUUCAAAAAUUCGCCGAAUGGUUGCGAAUUGAAGUCGCAGCCACCAUCUAUCACCUGUUCCUCGCGGAAGACAAUUCGCCGGAGCUUUUUGCACAAGCAAAGCGGAUCCACUCCCUAGUUCCCUAUAGCGUACUCAAACAGGUUAUCAAGUACGCGAAUCCUGCGGCUGUUAUGGCUGGAGUUCUAGAUCUCUUCCUUGCACAACCUUUCGGCGCUCGGUCUUUGCUACAGCGGAUGUUUGGCUUAGCCAUCAACGAUGGUGUCAAGUCUGUACAAAAGUCAAUAGACGCUCUCGGUUCGACUAAGAUCAAGGACGAAGUCUUGUGUGCGAAGCUCAAGGCUUUCGUAGAAGCCGACGAAGAUGUGCAGGACAUAUUACGAGAAGAAGCUGUGAAGGACAACGUGGAUAUCGUCGUCACCGUUCUUCGGUCGGAACUGCUCACGCCCGAACUUAAGCCGGAACAAGUUGAGAAGAUUUUCAACGCGUAUGUGGCCUGGAACAGCGCAGUAGAAAACACAGGACGUGCCCGACUGAGCAGGAAGUCAAGCUCAUACAGCUCGAAGACCGUCGAGAAAACGAAAGGUUCAAUACAACUUGACAAAGAUCUACGGCAAGGCGCAGAGCUAUUUGCCCACUUGAAGCAGUAUCUGAAGCUUUGCCUUCGACAACGAGACAAGCAGAUGAUGCUUGAGCUCAUCGAAGAACCCACAACACUCCAGCUUUUCCGCGACCUCUUCACCAUCUUCUACGAGCCCCUCGUCCGUGUCUAUAAAUCCGCCAACGUCUACAACAGCAUCACCGACUUCGCCAUGUUCGUUGACGACACCAUCCGCACCAUCGAAGCUUGCCAGCGCCAGGAUAUCUCUGCAGAUCCCAAUCAAACCGUGCAAAUGUUCAUCGAUCUGUGUGCCCGUCAUGAAGACAACUUCUACAAGUUUGUCCACGAGGUGCACCUUCACGACAACGGGCUCUUUGAGCAGCUCAUGGGCUGGCUAGAAGGUAUCCUCGAGUUCCUUAGGCACGGACCCAGAGGCGGCGGCAAGCUCGAUAUGAAUGCGCUUUUCCAGGGCGGCAUGGACUCGGGAACCAUCGACAAGGUCAAGGCGAUCAAGGAGAUCAAUAAUCUGAUCAGGUGGCAGACGGCGAGGAAGAAGUGGCACCAGGACAAGACGAGGCAGAAGAUGGCUAGUGGAGGUGGUGAAGAGAAUGAUAACAUUCUUAGCGGUAUGGGUGGGUUCAAGACAUCGGACUUUGGGCUUAAUGAGGUAAGUUUCCUCUCUCUGCGGCAGAAUGGUAAAGGAUACUGACUGCUCGCAGCUCGAUCUCCAGGAUCUCGAACUCGACGACGAUGCAGAUGACGACGACGAGAGCGAGAUUGACGACGAAGACAUGGCGGAUCCUAUCGCCGCAGAGCAGAAACGGAGAGCCAGGGCG